AUGUUGGCUCGCACCGGCCGCUCUGAUUGGUCCACGGUCAGACAAGAACAGCUCUAUUAUCCGCUGCUGCUGCUGCUGUCUGCUCUGGGCUCUGACCUGGGAUUGCAUAAGUUCGAAUAUGGCAAAAUUGUUUCAACCAAAGCGAUCUUAGAUAAAACCACAAACAAGUGCAAAGGUUAUGGCUUUGUGGACUUCGACAGCCCAGCGGCGGCACAGAAGGCGGUCACUGCGCUUAAGUCCAGCGGGGUCCAGGCUCAGAUGGCCAAACAACAGGAGCAGGACCCCACAAACCUCUAUAUCUCCAACCUGCCGCUGUCCAUGGACGAGCAGGAGCUGGAGGCCAUGCUGAAGCCCUUUGGUCAGGUCAUCUCCACCAGGAUCCUGAGGGACGCCAACGGGACCAGCCGCGGGGUGGGCUUCGCCAGAAUGGAGUCUACAGAGAAGUGUGAGGCCAUAAUCCAACAUUUCAACGGCAAAUUCAUCAAGACCCCCCCAGGAGUGCCAGGCUGCAAGAAAUCAUGGAGGAGCACACUGAAGCGCACGCUUACAAACCACUGCUUAGUCAAGAGUCCCUAA